AUGGUGCUGUCAAUCAUGAGCGACGACGCCGUUGCCAGCGCGGACUCGACCAGUUGUGACGAGUUCGUGGACGGCGCGAUCUUCCGCGUGAAGCUGCACAACUUUCUCACGUACUCGGACGCCGAGUUCUUUCCAGGUCCUCGUCUGAAUCUGAUUCUUGGACCCAAUGGCACCGGCAAGAGCUCCAUCGUCUGCGCGCUCUGCGUGGGACUUGCAGGCAGCACUCGCCUCCUGGGACGUGCCGACAAAGUGGGGCAGUUCGUGCGGCACGAGAAAGAGAGCGGGUAUACUGAGAUUGAGCUCUUCUUUGCACACAAGAACAAGGUCAUUCGUCGCAACAUUUUUCGAGACAAUAGGAGCACGUGGCAAGUCGACGGCAAGGACUCGACGCUCCGGGACGUGACGAGCAUCAUGGAGGCAGCCAGUAUUCAGAUUGACAACUUAUGCCAGUUCCUGCCGCAAGACAAAGUCGGCGAGUUUUCGAGAAUGAACCCCGUGCAGCUUUUGAAAGCCACGGAGAAUGCGAUUACAGACAGCGAUUUGGCUGCCAAGCACGAGGAGAUUAUUGAGUUGCAGCAUAGUAUGUCGGACAAGAGACGGGAACUAGAACAUGCGCGCGCGGCACUGGGGCUCAAGAAGAGUGAGAACGCACAACGGCAGAACGAGGUGGAACGGAUUGAAGACUAUGAAGCCCGAAUCGAGGAGACGUCGGUGAUGGAGAAGAAGUGUUUGUGGCUUGAGUUUGAGGAGGCCAAACUCGAAGUGGAGAAGCUAAAGGAGGAAAAGCGGCUCUGUAAAGAAGCCAUAAGCAUUGAACGCAAAGAAAAGAUUGAUCCUUUGGUGGAUCUUCUCAAGAAAGAAUCAAUCAAGCUAGAGGACAUUAAAACCGAGCUAUCAGAUGUGGACGACAAGAAGCGACAGCUUGUCGAAAAAAUACGACAGGGAAAGAGUCAUAUCGACUCUAUGGAAAGUGCUCAAGAUCAGACUUCGAUAGAUGUCACAGAGCUACGCUCCCGGCACGUCUCCGCUCGUCGAAAACUUGAGCGAUUGGAACAGGAUAUGGUGGAGUGGAAAAAGGAGCGCGAGGGCAUGGCUGAUGACGCGGAUCUUAAAGAGCAAAAAGAGAAGUUAGAGAAGGAACAGCGCGGUAAAAAUCUUGAGGAGACAGAAAUUCGCAGUAAAAGAGAAUCUCUUGCUCGCGAGCUGUCCUACAUCGACAAUGAGCAGAAGAAGGUAAGAAGCAAGCUCGAAACACUUGAAAACGAGGACGUGCAGCGUCGACUAGCUCUUCAGAGGGUCGAUCCUGACUGUAUCCGCGCAGCGGAUUGGGUAAAAAACAAUCAACAUCGGCUAAAGCGCAAAGUAUGGGGGCCAGUUGCGCUUGAGAUGAAGCUCAACGAGACGAUUCAUGCGAAGUACGUCGAAGACACUCUGCCAAAGUGGCUUUUAGGCGCGUUAGUGACGGAGUGCUAUGACGACUACAACACAAUUCUUCACGAGCUAAAAAGCGGAAACUCUGAUCGUCACAUAAAAGCGUCGAUUUUGAACGUCGAAGACGGAAAGUGCCAUGCUUUCAAUCGGCCGUACUCGAGCGAUAAGAUGAAAGACUAUCGCGAACGGUAUGGCAUGACGGGUUUCUUGGAUGAGCUGGUAUCUGCUCCGGAUAUUGUGCACGAAGCUCUUCGUGCUCAUGGUGGUCUACACACCGUCAUGGUUGGCUCUCAGCUCACGGAAGACUUUAUUAACAAAGGUGGUCACAUUUUCUCAGAGAUCGCGUCAGCUGAGCGAAAAGCAGCAUUUGUGACUCCGUACAAGAAAUACGUUACCUCAGUUUCCAAGUAUGGAAACCGGAACGUUACUACGCGUACAAACGAUCUUCUGAACCCUCGUCUGUUGGCGGGUUCCACAUCAGUGGAAGACGAGAAGAUUGAAAUAAAAAAGGUUUUGGAUGAUUUGGGUUCUAGGGAGAGGAGUAUUCGAGAAGAGAUGGCUGAUCUGAAAGAGCAAGAGAAGACGUAUGCGGAAGAAAAAAGAAAAGUCCAGCAUCGCAUCGCAGAAAUCCGCUCCCAGCGGAUGGCGAUUAUUCGCUUAGAUGAUAAGAUCGCCGAGAAUGAUAACAAGAUAUACUCGCUGAAAAGCGAGGUUGCACAGGACGUGUCGAAGAGGGAGGAAGUCUUGACUCGGAAGUUAAGAAAUCAGACUUUGAAGCAAGCGCAGCAGAUAAAGCAUUGGCUACAUUUUUUAAAAGAUCUGCACAAAGCCACUGCUCGCGAGGCAUACCUAUCACUGCAGCUCGGUACACAGCAAGUCCGAGUGGAUUUCACAGAAAAGUACCUGAAGCAAAUGGAAGUUGCCCUACGGGACCUCCGAAACGCUUACAAGCUUGCGAAAGAACAGCUGUUGGCUAUAGCUACAAAAGCCAUGCAGUUGAAGCAUAGAGCAGAGGAGGAGGCGUCGUGGGAAUCUUACGAAGAACGGUUCAACGAGCUUCCAGAUGACCUGGAUGAGCUGAGAGGCAAGAUUGAGAAUAACAAAGCAGCUCUGGAAUGCUUCCGUGGCGAUAGGCGUGUACGGGAACUGUACGAACCCGUGUGCGGCGAAAUUCGAGACGACGAGAUUCACCUGGCAGACCUGGAAAGUCGCGUUGCUCGCGGCGAGGAUACAAUAAGCGGGAUUAAAGGCGAGUGGCACGAAAAACUUAGGGAAGUGGUGCAGCAUAUCGAUACUUCUUUCGGAGACUUCUUUAAGAGUAUUGGUUGCGUUGGCGAAAUCCUGCUUGAUGACAACGACCCGGACGUGGCAAAAUGGGGGAUCCAACGUCGGGCACAGUUUCGUAAAGAUACAAAACUUUCGACUAUGACCGCCGAGGAGCAGUCUGGAGGGGAAAAAUCUGUUGGAACUAUCAUGUACUUGAUGGCUCUACAGAGCCUCACGAAGUGCCCAUUCCGGGUAGUUGAUGAGAUUAACCAGGGCAUGGAUGUUUACAACGAGCGUAAGGUGUUCCAGCGAAUCACCGAGUCAUCAUGUGGUAGCAAGCUGCCCCAGUACUUCCUGAUCACGCCAAAGCUAAUCACGGGGCUUACCUAUCAUCGCGACACGAAGGUUAUGAUCAUUCUAAACGGGCCAUUCAACAAUGUUCGGCAAGAAUUGUGGGACCCGGAUCGAUUCAUCGCUUGCGGAAAAAAGGCGAAGCGUCGAUCAGGCGUCCUUGGAAAGGGCUCCUCUAAGAAGCGUGCUCGAGCGUAA